GCAGCGCGAGAGUGCCAGGCGCACCCCUGCGGCGAUAAUCCGUCACGGCAGUUUUCAUCCGCUGGGGUCACGGAGGAGCAUCCUUGCUGGCGCGGCCCUGACAAGAUGCGCGAGAGGAAGGCCAGCGGCGCGACGGAGGCGGCGACGGCGGCCGAGGAGGAGCGCGGGACGUGGGGGAACCAGUGCGAGUUCUUCCUGUCAUGCCUGGGCUACGCCGUCGGCUUCGGCAACGUGUGGAGGUUCCCUUACCUCUGCUACAAGAACGGCGGCGCGGCCUUCCUCAUUCCAUACACAAUCAUGCUGCUGUUCUCUGGCCUCCCGAUCUUCUUCAUGGAGCUCGCCCUCGGGCAGUACGUCAGCCUCGGUCCUGCUCUGCUCUUCCCCAAACUGGCUCCUGUGUUCUCGGAGAAAAAGAAAAAGAAACAUUACGUCUCAAGGCUCUAG